CUCCCUUCACAGCAUGGAGAUCUCCUGGUGUGAAUUUCUAUCAUACAGGCUUGUACUGUGGUGUAGCCUCUGGGGACUCUGUUUGGCAAGUCUGGACUAUGAUGAUUACUCCCAGAACAGCACCAACGAGCAAGUGAUUACAUCGGCAAACACACUGUGUCCCCGGGCCAUCCCAGGAGCAACGGUGACUCGUGGCAAUGUCACCUACCUGUCCAUCCAUGAGGACUCCCGCUCUAAGCUGAGCAGUGCAGUCACAGUGUGGCUUAUCCCCUGCCUCUACACUGCUGUCUUCCUGGUGGGGCUGCCAGCCAAUGGGCUAGCCCUUUGGGUUCUAGCAACUCGGAUCGAGAAGCUGACCUCUACCAUCUUCCUGAUGAACCUGGCUGCCGCUGACCUGCUCCUGGUGCUGGUGCUACCUUUUAAGAUCUCCUAUUACUUCCUGGGGAACCAUUGGCCCUUUGGGGAGGGCCUGUGCCGGCUCACCACUGCCUUCUUCUAUGGGAACAUGUACUGUUCCGUGCUACUGCUCAUGUGCAUCAGUGUUGACCGGUACCUGGCUGCAGUGCACCCUUUCUUCUCACGCUCCUUCCGCAGCCCAGGCUUUGCCGCCUGCACCUGCCUCAGUGUCUGGCUCAUCACUGCCAUCUUCACCGUGCCCUUGACCCUCUUGCAGCAGUCAUACCCCCUGGAUAAGGCAAACAUCACGCUGUGUCAUGAUGUUCUCCCCAGGCAGGAGGAGGCUGAGUACUACUACUACUACUUCGUGUGCUUGGUCGUCUGCGGCUUCCUUGUCCCCUUCGUGGUGAUGCUGUUUAGCCACGGCUCGGUCCUGUGGAUCUUGCUGGGCAAUGGAGAGAGGUACGCAUACGCCAUGAAGCUCACGGUCCUCGUGCUGCUCACAGUCGUGGUGUUCUACACACCCAGCAACAUCCUGCUCCUCGUCCACUAUUCCAGCAACUGCUUCAAGCUCUAUGGGGACUUGUACGUCAGCUACAUGGUGAGCCUGGCCCUCAGCAGCUUCAACAGCUGUGUUGACCCCUUCGUCUACUACUAUGUCUCUGAGGACUUCAGAGACAAGGUGAGGUGGAGAAUUUUCAGCCGCAGCAAGCGAACCAUCACAUCGCUGCAAACCUCUAAAGAGACUUUCCCUCAGAAGAGCUCCCACUCACAGUCCCUGGUGUGAGGAGCUGGCACCCUCACUCCCAUCGCAUCUGCUUGCUCCAGGGCUGAGGUUCGGAUACGGAUUAGAGCUCUGAGGUAUAGUCUAGGUAGGAAGUUAAUGCAGGCAGGGAGGUGAAGGAGACAGAUUCUUAAGACUGAAUUCAUCAGGGCCUUACGAAGUCCUAAGAGGCUUGGAGCCCAAAUUGAGAUGGUGACCCCUGUGUGCAUACUAACCUGUAACAGCGACAGCACAUAUGACUUCCCAUACGGCUGCUCUGCCCCCUUACUAUGCUCACUGGGUGCUAUAGGCAGGCUGCAUAGUUGACUCUAUAUAUAAUGGCAGAGAUUGCUGGGGGAAGGAACCUGGAGCAUUUGAGGGAAAAGUGGAAGCUUGGGAAUGCAUUUGCCCAGUAUUAAAACCUGCCUGAGCAAACUGACCCCGGGGGGGGGGGGGGGGGGGCUGGCAACUUAAAGCCACUCACACACUAGUCUCAGCCUCUAAGCCCACACAUCUUGUGCACGGAACCAUUUGGCCGGUGUGUCAGGUAUUGCUCUGUACACAAAAUGUGUCCAUACGCAGGCAAAGUUAGGAUCUUCCUACCUGACUUGGUAAACCCUCAUUCAUGGAAAUGCCAGAUUCUCCUGUUCCUAGCAAGGUCAAUUUUAUCCCUAUUUCAGCAAAAAUAAGUACGUUUAGGGGAAGUAGAGAGUUUUGCCAGAACUCAGAGUUUAUAGAGUAAGAGAGAAAGUGGGAGUCAGGACUCCUGGAUUCUAUUCCAUUCUCUCUCUCUUCCACUGAUAUGCUCUGUGCCCUCAAAUAAGUAAUUUACUCUCCUUGCACCUCAGUAUCCCUAGCUGUAAAAUGGAGAGGAUACUAAGGCUAAAUUCAUUAAUGCUUGUAAAACGCAGUGAGAGCCUCACAUGAGAUGCAUUGUUUGAUGCUAAUUAUUCUAUGUGAAUGAGGUGAACUGUCAGCUUCUCUAAUAAGGUGCUUCUCACUUUGCAAAUCCUCAGCCCAUUACUGGUAAGAAAUGUACAAACAAUAUCCAUCCAUUCCCUUUACGCAAAAUGCUCUGCUGUUCUGCACUUGUUAUUUCUUUGAAGCGAACUGCCUCUCUUUAGUAUGUUAUGAAGGGAGCCCAGCUUGUGCCCAGGAAAAAGGAUUUUCAUGUCUCUUCAAGACAGGAUAUUAAUUAAGUAUUGAAAACUCCUACACUGGAAUCCCACCCUUCUUUUGUGUAACCUCUGUUGAGACCCAACCUCCCCACCACACCCACUAAAAUAGCUGACCAUGCCUGCAGCUGGAUUCAGGAAUGUGUUGCAAAUGUGACAAGUUACAGCCACUGUAUCCCUCAAAACAAAAUUGAAGGCACCUCCUGGCAAACAAUGAAGCAGAAAUGGAUGGGACACCAGAAACUGCUUAGAACUGUUGGAAUACUUUGAUUCUGUUGAUACGUGUAUUACUGUUGCCCUCUCAGUGCUGUGCAACAGUAUAGCUGGUAGCUUAGAG